AUGACAUUAGCAGGAGAGAAUACAAGACCUGUGAUGACCAAGACUACAAUCAAAAAGCUUAAAGGAUUGCAUAUUCAUCAAUCAGAAGAAAAGAAACAUUCUACAGUAGAAGGAAUAGAUUUAUCUACUGUGAAUGAGUGUGAGGAAGAAAAUGAGAUUAUUGUCCAAUGGAAACAACAACAUCUUGAAGUAACAAAAUCACAACAAACUCUUUGUGAACUUAUAGAAGCCUCGGAAGUUGCAGAUGAAAUGUUUGUGUUAAAUUUCAUCACAUUGUUUGUGAAUACAAUGAUAGAGAAAAAAUCUUGUGGAGGUUUACAACCAAGCAUUACAAUGAAGAUCGGCAGAAUUAAAAACUGGGAAAAUAUAAACUGGUGCAAAUAUCUUAGUGAUGCAUUGCCACAUAGUAUGACUUCAUGGAAACCAAGAAACAAAGGUGUCUACUAUGCUGGGCCACUUCCAUUCUUGCUUCUUCUCUAUCUACAUUCAACUGAUUGUCAAAACCAAUACGUCAACCGAAAAAUAAGACCAAUAUGCUACUGGAAUUAUGGAAAAAUUAAAUCAAGGCAAAACAUUGAAAAAGCUCAAGGUCAGUUAGGAUUGGUCACAUUGGUUCAGGACAAUGAUUUGAUACAAUACAAAGAUGAAGAAGAUGUUGACUUUGUCAAAGAAAAAGGAAAAGGAAAACAAGUUGAAAAAGAUGCAGAUACAGAAGAAAAUGAUGACAUUGGUGCAGAGAACUAUUGUCUUUUGAUAGAAAGUGAGUUUGAAAACAUUUUGGAGUGUAGAAACAGAAUUCAAAAAACAUUGCAGCAUGCACUUCAAAAAUAUCCAGAUGAUAGAGAACUAUGUGGAUGGUUUGAAAGAUUUGUGAACAUUGAAAAAGUGUUUAACAAAAGCAUUGGCGAAUCAUCAAGAACAAGAGAAAAAGAAAAUGAAAAUGAGACAGGUGAAAAAGAGUUUGAACAUCACUUAGAAACACAAAAAGGUGAAGAAAAUGCUACAAAAGAAACAAAAUACGAUAGUCCAAACUUUGAAGAUAAUAUGUCAAACACACCAAAUAUGGAGGCUGAACAAAAGGAUUUUCUUACCAACGAAUCUCAAGGAGAAGGAACAACAAACAACAAAGAAGAAAAGGGAAAUGAAAAAAACAUACUUGAAGAAAAGAAUGAUCAAGGAGAAGGAAAAGAAAAACAAGUUUACAAAAGAUCAAAGAGGACACCAACUAAAAUAGAGUCUUACCAAUCACCUUACAUGAGGCGGACAUUUGAAGUGAGAAGAAAAUUAGAAGCUGUUGAGACAAGGAUUUCAAAAUCCAUAUUCUCACUACAAAAGGAUCACAAUGUACAUCUGACUGACAAUGAAAAAACCACAAGAGAGAUUGUGCAUACUUAUGAAAUGUUGCCAUAUUAUUUGUUCAAUUUCAUGAUAUCGUACUUGAUUGAUAAAAAACACCCAAAAGCAGACGAUUUAAUGAAGAAGGAAGUUGUGAUUUUUAAACUGAAGUGGUGGAUAGAAAACAACAAGAACGACAAUGUAGUUAUGUUGAUGAGACAUAUGGAAACUUUCAAGGGACAAGGGCAAAAUAACUGGGAUUCUGAGAUUGAAAAAGAUCAAAAGCAGCAGAAAACACAAUUGACGAAACUUCGAUCCAAAUAUGUUACAAAGAUCUUGGUGAAUGAUAUCAAUAUCCACAACAACAAGAUAAUAGAAGACGGUCUGGAGUUUGAAAAGCUGACAACAGAAGAACAAAAACAAGUUGUGAAUCAUGGAAUGCAGAACUAUGAGGAAAGGUUUCAGUUGAUUGGUGAAAACUAA